UAUUAAAGAUGAGUUCGGAUCUCUCGGUCUCCUCCGAUGGGGAUUUUGGGUUUGCUUUCAACAACGUUAAUUUUUCCGACCGUCUUCUUAGGAUCGAGAUCACUAGUGGCAGCGGUGAGGUUAGCUCUUCUAGUAGUGUCGUCGACUUGGUUGGGGAUCGCAAACGCAAAAGAGAAGACACCAAUGUUGCUACAAGCCACGUGGAGUCUGAUUUGAACAAGAACUCGUGUGAAACGAAUUAUGAGAAUAACAACAACAACUACAAACAUGAAAAAGCGUUGGUAAUGGCUGACCAAGAACCACAAUCAGGUGGUGAAGAUGAUAAUGAGUAUAAUAAUAAUUGUGGAGUUACUAAUAAUCCUUCGGUUGUAAGCGUUAGAGAAUUACAUAUAAGUUCUGCCAUAUUGGCAGCCAAAAGCCCAUUUUUCUACAAGCUAUUCUCUAAUGGAAUGCUUGAGUCAAAGCAAAAACAGAUGACCUUGAAAAUAGAUGCUUCUGAAGAAACUGCUGUGAUGGAGCUCUUGAAUUUCAUGUAUAGCAAUUCCGUAUCAGUCACGGCACCACAUGCUUUGCUCGAUGUUAUAAUCGUGGCCGACAAGUUUGAGGUUGCUUCGUGCAUGAAGUAUUGCAGCCAGUUGCUUCUCAAAACGCCUAUGACAUUAGACUCUGCAUUGCGUCUUCUUGAUCUUCCUUCGAGUUUGCUAAUGGCUGAAUCAGUAAAGCCUUUAACAAAUGCUGCAAGGCAGUUCAUCGCCUCUCGCUACAAGAAUUUAUUAAAGCACACCUCUCUGUUAUUAUUAAACUCUCAAAGCAUACAAGAAUCAUCCUCAGGUUUUAAGGGUGUAAAUGGGAUUCCAAUGGAGGAGUUGAUGGCUUUGCCGUUAGUAGGUAUCGAGGCAAUACUAGCGAGUGACGGUCUAGAGGUUUUAUCUGAAGACCUUUUAUACGAAUUUGUCUUGAGAUGGGCAAAAUCGCAUUACACAGUUCCAGAGGAACGCCAAGAAAUACUAGGAUCUCAUCUCGCUCGCUACAUCCAUUUCCCUCACAUGACAUGUGGCAAACUCAAGCAAAUCUUGACCUCAAACGACUUCACACCUUGUGUGGCAUCAAAGCUAGUCCUUGAAGCUCUUUUGUUCAAAGCAGAAUCGUUGGACCGGCGAAGACGCCUUCUAGCCGAUGAACAACCCGCAUCCCGGUUUGCUGAACGAGCCUACAUAUACAGACCCAUCAAAAUUAUGGAAUUCGAGGUUCCUCGGCACCAAUGCAUCGUUUACUUGGACUUAAAACGCAAGGAAUGUGAAAGCAUCCUUCCAUCAAGCUGGAUACCAUCUCAAACGUUUCCCUUAGGAGGACAAGAAUUCGUUCUCGCAGCUCAGCGCAACAUGGAGCCACUAGGUGCGUUCCACUGUUUUGGACUGUUUCUUUGGAUGCGAGAAACAGGGUCGGCGAGUCUGAGCGUGGACUACGAAUUCUCAGUGAGGUUAAGGCCAACUUUGGAAUUUGAGAAUAAAUUCAAAGGAAACUAUAGCUUCACCAAAGGUAAAGCUUCUGGAUCCAGAAACUUGCUUUUGAUGCCAUGGGAUGCCUUCUUAGCUAAGAAUUGCCCCUACUUCAUCAAUGAUGUUCUUCAUCUCCGAGCUGACCUCUCCAUCCGCCUUUAGAACCAACCCCAUAUAUAUAUUA